AUGACCUCCCAAUCCACGCGGAGAGAGCGAGCAUCUAGCGACAAAGCUCAGGCGGUACCCGUUCCUCAGCGACCGGGUCUUCCCAGUCGAACGAAUUCCGCCCCUGUUGGAGGACUGUACAGGCUUGAAUCGUCCCGAACGGCGAUGGAAUCGGGGAAUAAGGUCGACCGGACGCUUGUGGAGGAGGAUGAGGGCCCGCCAUCGGCCGGAGGGAAUGGGGUGCCAUCAUCCCGGGAUGCGACCACACCGAAGCCGAACUUCCCCCAUGUGAGCAUCGCCGUGGUUGGCCCUGACCAUGUUGGCAAGUCGACCUUUAUUGAAACCGCCCUGGAUAUGAAACACCCGCUGUCUUCCCGAUCGACGACGAAGAAAAUGUCUUUGGAUGGGACGGUGUACCUGGUCCGUCUGAUGGAGAUUGAUACAUUGGAAGUCUCGAUUGGGAGCAAUGGCGAGGUUAACUGGCCAUUGCUGGGUCACGACUCGCCCCCUACGGUGGAUGGAGUACUGGUUCUACACGACGUGACUCAACCUGCCAGUUUUCCCGAGAUUACUGGCCUACUAGAUUCCUUAACCGCCUCUGGCAUCCCCUUUACGCUGGUGGCCAGCAAAUGCGACAUCCAACCCCCUGAUAGCCCGGUGGAGCCGGUAUUGGGUGGCUAUGAAAUCCACCGAACCUCACCUGACUCCCCACGGUCGCAGAAGAUGUGCAUCGCCUUGGUUCUGCGUUCGGUGAUCAAUAGCAAAUAUGAUUUCAUCGAUUUCCCCUCCAACUCAGACGCCACCCCGGAUUGGCAUCACAGCCGUGCCAACUCAGAAACCCCCACAGCCGUGUUCACAGGAGCCGCAGGCGGCCCAAUUACAGGAGCGCUCGAUCCAGGAGUCGAUGGGUACGGUGUAGACCGUCAACCCACCGACCCGGCCCCCUCUGCCAACCUGGCUUCUAAUGGCCAGGCCUUCCGCUAUGCCCGGAGCAACUCGCAUCCGGUGCGUCCACACACGCCUCCCUCGGGGCCCCGGUUGGCUUCGCGCAAGCAAUCCGCGUCCGGGGAGUCAUCGCCCAGCAAGGAUCUUAACCGUCAACAUCGUCUUCAUACCGCCUGGCGCAACAGCGGCGGGUCCGAUGCUUUCAGCAACUUUCUCGAAAUGGGGGAGGAGUUUGAUGGGCCGCGCAGUGCCCCAUCCAGCCCCGGUAGCAAGGAUCAGACGCCUAGCGAGGGCUCAUCCCACGACACCGGCCUGACCUUUGACGAGCUGGUCGACCGACUGGUGGCGCAGCCCAUGUCGAAACAGGAUUCGAAAUUCGCUUCGAUUUUUCUCUGUCUUUAUCGCAAGUUCGCCGCCCCAUCGACUCUGUUAAACGCCCUAAUCAACCGGUUCGAACGGAAUGAGCUCGACAUCAUCGACCAACUCGAUCGCAUCGCAGUCCAGCUGAGGCUGCUCGGUGUCAUGGCACAGUGGGUUUCGGAGUAUCCAGGCGACUUGGCAUACCCGAAGACGCGCAAGCGGAUCACGGAUUUUGUGACGACGCUGGAGAAGAGCCACUUUUACAUGUUCGCUGCCAAGGAGGUGGGGUCGUAUCUCGAGGGCAACACCGACGACGAUAAUAUUGGAUGGCCAUACCGAGAUGGCGACGUGGAGGAAGUUGAUUCGGUCGACCCUCCGUUCCAGUUCUCCGGGCGGAGCUCCCCGUCAAUAUUCCUGGGGGCGCCACCGCUUGGCGACGAAGGCGAGGAGGAGGAAGAGGACCCCAUAUACAACAUGAGUGCGCUCGAUCUCAGCGAGGGUGCCGCCGAGCCGGCGUCCCGCUUGUCGGGGUCGAUGUCGAACUCGUUUACCUCUGACAAACCCGGCACCGUGGCCAGCCAGUCGUUCACGUUUUUGAAUAUCGAUUCAGCCCAGAGAGAGGCGCAGCAUUUGGACCUCACGCCCCGUGUUCCACUGACGAAGGUACAAUGGCGUCAGCUCAUGGAGAUUCCGGAUGAAGAUUUCGCGCGGGAAUUGACGCGCAUUGACUGGAUCAUGUUCAAUUCUUUCCGACCGCGCGACCUCGUGCGGCACGUCAGCAUCUCCGGGCUGGAGAAGGACAAGAUUCAGAGCUUGAAGCACGUCAACCGCAUGAUCAAGCAAUUCAACCAUGUGGCGUUCUUCGUGGCCAGUGUGAUUCUGCUUCGUGACAAGCCGAAGCACCGGGCUAAGGCCCUAGAAAAAUUCAUGAACAUUGCAUUAAAACUCCGUCGACUCAACAACUACAAUUCCCUUGGGGCCGUGAUUGCCGGUAUCAACGGAACUCCGGUGCACCGGCUGUCGCAGACGCGGGACCUGGUGCCAGUUCAAACGCAGAAGGAUUUCAUGAGGCUGGUCAUCCUCAUGGGGACGCAGAAGAGCCAUUUUGCGUAUCGCCUGGCAUGGGACAAUUCGUUUGCGGAGCGCAUCCCGUUCCUGCCGCUGCACCGACGUGAUCUGGUGUCAGCAGAGGAGGGCAACAAGACGUUUGUGGGCGACACCAAGACGCGCAUCAACUGGCGCAAGUUCGAGGUGAUGGGCGAGGUUGUGCUGGGGAUCCAGCGCAGCCAGAAGACGCCGUACCCGCACAUGGCCAAAUACGAGGAGGUAGAGCGAAUGAUUCUAGAGAUAAAGCUGUCGGGUGAUGACGAGGACUUGUAUUCGCGCAGUAUGCAAGUAGAACCGUCGGCUGGCGGCGACACCGGACGGAAAAAGUUCGGCUGGUUACGGUCCCAACCACCCAACACCUCCCACAACCCCAAAAUGUCCUCUACAGCAACAACCGCAAAAACAACCUACCGCUCUCUCCUCCGUGAACUCCCCCGCCGCACCCUCAAAGCCCCAACUCCCCUGCAAAACCGCAUCCGCGAACUCUACAACAACACCAACACCUCCUCCUCCACCUCCACCUCGGCUAUCAACGAAGACACAAAAGAAGCAACCUAUAGACGCCGCAUCGACGAAGCGAAGCAGUUCGCGACGUACGCGAAGGCGCAGCGCGUGUAUGCGGAACUCGUCGAGCGGUAUAAUCCGGGUAUGACGCUUGAUGAGGAGGAGAGGAUUCGGUUGACGGCUAGGAGGGUGGGGUUGGAUUUGCCGGUUGAGGUGGAGGAGAAGAAUUAG